GAAAAUACCCACGCCUGCCGAACUGGCCAGAAUCAAGCAUGGCAAUAGGAUUCAUACUUCAACUUUGCUCCCAGCCAUACCUUGUCCUUUCAUGAAGUGUCUGAAGAAUUCCUCCCAGGAGCCAUAGCUUGGAAUAUCAGGGACAUCGUUGUGGAAGUGGAAGAAAGAUACAGCCGUAUCUUUAGGGUUUCGAAAUAUCACCAGUAUCUAGAAGAAGAAAAACACAGCCACACUCCUCAGUCAGAAAUCAAGAUGAAAAUCUUUCCUACUCUCAGUGUCUGAUGAGGGGAAAAAAGAGCUGACCAAAGAGGGCUCCUACUUAGGAUGGCCCGCACUAUGGAACCACUGGCAAAGAAGAUCUUUAAAGGAGUUUUAGUAGUUGAACUUGUGGGCGUUUUUGGAGCAUAUUUUUUGUUUAAUAAAAUGAACACAAGUCAAGAUUUCAGGCAAACAAUGAGCAAAAAAUUCCCCUUCAUCUUGGAAGUUUAUUACAAAUCCAUUGAACAAUCUGGAAUGUAUGGCGUCAGACAGCAAGAUCAAGAAAAAUGGCUGAAUAGCAAAAAUUAAGACCAGUCAUCACGUUCAGCCUCCCAUCUAAGCUGUUUGAGACCUUUGUGGGGAAGAAGAAAAGAUGAGCACACCACGCUGUAGACUCCUGGCCUCGCAGAGCAAAACAGGAACUGCUGAUCUGCUGAGGCCUAGUCCCUUCCCAUCCAUAGUGCAUAUCCCCUGCUUUUGUUUGUUGCUUUCCUUCAGCAUUUAUUGUUAAAGAUUACUGUUUAACAAAUAAAAGUCUAGGACAAGAAAGGAA